AUGGACUCCAUCUCUAUGAUGUGUGGCAGCCGGAGCCCCGUGUUCCUCACAGCCUCCUCCUCCCACCACCUCCACCAUGCCCAGGCCUGUCUGCUGCCCAGUGUCAUAAAGAACGGAGUCGCUGAUGUAGGAAACUCCCGUCUGCCGGUGCAGCCCACCGUGGCCAUCCUGGGCUCCGGCGACUUCUCCAAGUGCCUGACCAUUCGAAUGCUGCGUUGUGGCUUUCAUGUGGUGGUGGGCAGCCGCCAUCCGAAACUGGCGGCUCAUUCGUUUCCUCACGUGGUGGAUGUGACGCACCAUGAAGACGCUGUGGGGAAGGCCAACAUCGUGUUCCUGGCUAUCCGUCGUGAGCACUACCCAAUCCUGUGGGACCUCAAGCAUCUACUGGAAGGGAAAGUCCUGGUGGACGUCAGCAACAACAGGAGGGUGAACCAGUAUCCAGAGUCUAAUGCCGAGUAUCUGGCUUCACUGCUGCCCGGCUGCGUCGUGGUCAAAGGCUUCAAUGUGAUCUCAGCGUGGGCCAUGCAGCAAAGCUGCCCUAAAGACGCCAGCACACAGGUGUUCAUAUGCAGUGAUUCGGUGGAAGCUCGGCAGCAAAUCAUGGAGUUAUGUCGUCAGCUCAACUUCCAGCCGGUGGAUAUGGGCCCCCUGUCUUCUUCCCGGGACAUUGAGAACAUGCCCAUACAGCUGUUUCCUGGCUGGAAGGGCCCCGUCCUCGCCGCCGUGGCCCUCGCCAUCUUCUUUUUUGCUUACUCUUUUGUGCGAGACAUAAUCCACCCGUAUGUGAAAUACAAGCAAAGUGACUUCUACAAGAUCCCCAUAGAGAUAGUGAACCGGACGCUGCCCACUGUGGCCAUCACUCUCCUGGCUCUGGUGUACCUGGCGGGCCAGCUGGCCGCUGCCCACCAGCUCUACUACGGGACCAAGUACAGGCACUUCCCACACUGGCUGGAGGGCUGGCUGCAGAGCCGGAAGCAGCUGGGUCUCCUCAGCUUUUUCCUCGCCGCCGUCCACGUCCUCUACAGCCUCUGCUUGCCCCUGAGGAGGUCUGAGAGGUACCUGCUGCUCAACACCGCCUACCAGCAGGUCCACGUUAACGUGGAGAACGCGUGGAACGAGGAGGAAGUGUGGAGGGUGGAGAUGUACGUUUCGUUUGGCAUCAUGAGUCUCGGCCUUCUGUCCCUCCUGGCCAUCACCUCCAUCCCCUCCGUCCACAGCACGCUCAACUGGAGGGAAUUCAGCUUCAUACAGUCCACUCUGGGCUACAUCGCCCUGCUCAUCGCUACCUUCCACGGCCUGCUGUUCGGCUGGAAGCGAGCCUUCGAGGAGGAGGCCUACCGCUUCUACCUGCCUCCCAGCUUUGUGGUGUCCCUGGCGCUGCCGGUGUGCGUCAUCGUCGGGAAGGUCCUGAUGCUGCUUCCCUGCGUGGCCCACAAGCUGCACCAGAUCCGCAGGGGCUUGGACAACAAUCAGUACCGGUGCCAGCGCCUGGAGCCAGUGGGCUCAGCUGCCCACAUUUCCCCUGAGAGAGUCACCAUCAUGUGA